AUGAUCUUCGCGCAGGUCGCCGACGCCGUGAGAUGGUGCCACGUGCACAGAAUCGCGCAUCGCGACAUCAAACCCGAGAACGUUCUCAUCACCACCAUCGCUACCGGCGGCGCCCCAGACUCGCCCGACACGCUCGAAGCGCGCCUUGCAGAUUUCGGCCUCGCGAUGGAGAUCCCGACGGGCUUCUCUCUUCGCGGCGCCGUCGGCAGCGCUCCGUACGAGGCGCCGGAAGUUUUGGCGGGGGAUCUCUACAGCUUCGGCGCGGACGUGUGGUCGCUCGGCGUGCUUCUAUACGCAACCAUCUCUGCUAAAUGGCCCUCUUUUCCCAGAAACGUGCGCAAGUUUUUGCCCGAAGUCGACUUUUCUGUCGCGCCCUGGCCUUCCGUGUCGGUUGAGGCGAAAGAUCUCAUCCGUCGGAUGCUGACUUUGGACUCGAGCCAACGGUUGGAUAUAGACAGCGUGUUGGCGCACCCGUGGCUCCGGAUCGCAUCAGCUCGUAGCGAGACAAGAAAAGCGCCGCGCGAUUUAAAAUCAUCGCACCAACCCAGCGCUCCCAUAGUAGCGCCGAUUUUUCCGCCCACAGAAGCUCCAAAACUCGAUUUCGGACCCGAGACCGCGGCGCCUCAUCCGCAUUCGCCCAAACUCGAUUCUCGCCCCGAGUCGUCCAAAGCGCGCCGAAACGGCCGCUCUUCUCAGUCCGCGGCUGACGUGGACUAUUCAGAGGCGACGCGCAUCGCGGCUCCGUCGCCCAGGCGGCAAUUCCGCCAGUCCGCCUCUUCUCAGUCGCUCUGCUCCGAGGGACUGCCGCUCCAGCCUACCAAACUGCCUCCAUUCCACCGCGCAUCACCAUCGCCCCUCUCUUGCCCGCCGCAAGGCAUCCCCCUUCAGCCGUCCACCCCCAAGGCGUUUCCUUCGUUCCCUCAGGCAUCACCAGCAGCCGCAUCGCCAUCGCCCCGCUCUUGCCCCCUGCAGGGGAUUCCUCUUCAGCCGUCCACCCCCCGGACCCCCAAGGCCUCUCCGUCUCCUCGCGGCAAGACGCGCACGGGAGCUACUGCUGCCCUCCCCAAGGGUCCCUCGGCUCAUGGGUCGGCAUCAGAUGGCAACAUGCGUCUGGCUGCCCACCCUGCUCUCGCCCUCCUCGCAUCGCCAUUCCGACCAGCCCAGCAAUGA